CUUGCGACUCAUCCCGGGAGCGGAGAUUUGUGCCCGCCUGGCCUUCAGACUCCGCAUCGCCCCGCCCACAAUCUGUCCAGCCUUCAGAUCCCCAUCUACUCCUCGAGCCCCACCCAUCUCCCGGCCGCCGGGAGGGGCCAUCCCGGGGCUGCCCGCCGAGAAGCCUAGGUAGUUGAGCCUGGGGCCCUCAGUUUGGGCCAAGGAGUCCGACAGAGGGGCGGGAGGGCUUGGAAUCCCCACUCCGCCCUAUCCUGCCGCUGGGCACCUGCGGGUCGGCGACUCGGCGCCUUCGGGUGGGCGAAAUAAAUAUGAGACACGUGGUUUCUAAGGCCCCCUGUGUGUAUGGAAAAUUUUAUGGUUCGGGCCACAGAAGAAACGGUGCAGCGGUGCGGGAGGGCAGAAAAAGCCCGAUUCGAGGAUUCCCACCUAUUGUGGGUCGGGCUGGGCGGUUUCUGCGACUCUCCUGGACCCGACGCCGUGACGCUUUCCCUGAUAGUCUGAAGGGUUCACUCUCUUUCGAUUGGGUGCGUAAUACGGAUGACGCUGACGGCCACAUGGCGAGCUACGUGGCCGAGUUCCUGCGUUCGUCUCCGGGUCACCACCGAGACCAGUUACAUCUACACUUUAGAAGCCGGGGCAUUUAGCAGACAUCCCUAGGUGUGUUUCUUCGGCUCUGACGGAUGUGUGGAACUGGGCUCCGAGGACUCACGCCCAGUCCCACGAGAGCUGGCCCUCCCCACUUGGCAUCACUGUCACUCCGGCAACCUGCAGGGCGCCGGAGACCUGCUCCUUUAAGAGGAGCCUGAGCCCGGGCCAUCUUUGUUUCUCGCGCCCUCCCGCUGCGCCGGCGGAGCAAACAUGGCCCACGCUGUGCGGGCGCUGUGGCCCGGCGGGCUCGCUCUGACCUGGAGGCUGGGCGGUCGUCCCGCGCUGGGACUUCCCGCGCAGAGCCGGGCCGGCUUAACCGGGGCGGCGGGAGGCCCGGGCCCCGCCGCCACCACCCGCAAGGGGGCCCCACGGCUCCUGGGGGCGGCGGCGCUGGCCCUGGGAGGAGCCCUGGGGCUGUACCACACUGCACGGUGGCACCUGCGCGCCCAGAACGUCCGUGCCGACCUCUCAGCCGCGCAGCUCUCCCUGUCCAGCCGCCUGCAGCUGACUCUGUACCAGUACAAAACGUGUCCCUUCUGCAGCAAGGUCCGCGCCUUCCUAGACUUCCACGCCCUGCCCUACCAGGUGGUGGAGGUGAACCCUGUGCGCAGGGCCGAGAUCAAGUUCUCCUCCUACAGGAAGGUGCCCAUCCUGUUGGCCCAGGAAGGAGACAGCUUGCAACAACUGAACGACUCCUCUGUCAUCAUCAGUGCCCUCAAGACCUACUUGGUGUCGGGGCAGCGCCUGGAAGACAUCAUCACCUACUACCCACCCAUGAAAACUGUGAACGACCAGGGCAAGGAGGUGACCGAAUUCUGCAACAAGUACUGGCUCAUGCUGGAUGAAAAGGAGGCCCAGCGGAUGUAUGGUGGGAAGGAGGCCAGGACGGAGGAGAUGAAGUGGCGGCAGUGGGCAGACGACUGGCUGGUGCACCUCAUCUCCCCCAAUGUGUACCGCACGCCGACCGAAGCCUUGGCCUCCUUUGACUACAUUGUCAAGGAGGGCAAUUUCGGGACCGUGGAGGGCGCCAUGGCCAAGUACAUGGGCGCAGCUGCCAUGUACCUCAUCAGCAAGCGGCUCAAGAGCAGGCACCGCCUCCAGGACGACGUGCGUGAGGAUCUCUACGAGGCUGCCAACAAGUGGGUGGCAGCUGUGGGCAAAGACCGGCCCUUCAUGGGGGGCCAGAGGCCGAACCUGGCUGAUCUGGCAGUGUACGGUGUGCUGCGUGUGAUGGAGGGUCUGGAGGCCUUCGACGACCUGAUGCGUCACACUCAAAUCCAGCCCUGGUACCUGCGGGUGGAGAAGGCCAUCGCUGAGGCCCCCCAGUGAACUGAGCAUCCCUGCCAGGAGGAGGGAGGGAACAGUGGAAGACACCGGCUGUGGGGGACCAGGGCCGCUGGGCCAGCACCUGCUGAUGCUGUGAUACAGUGCAGCAGGGGACAGGAUCAUUCGACCUCUUGCCCACCCACCCUAACUGCCCCCUCGCUUCUAACACUGGACGUCUGCUGGAGCCCUGGGGCGCUGGGGGACAAAGCCCAGGCUCAGUUUCCAUUCACAAAUGUACCCCCGCCCCCUGGGGCAUGGAAGGCUACCUCCCUCACCAGCUGGACCCCCUCCUGGGCCUCCCUGCUCUUUAGCCUUCUCUGGGGCUCUCAAGGCUGCCGUGUUUACACCCCGUGGGUGGGAAUCAGGUUGGGCUCCUGCCCUGGGCAAGGGAAGUAGGGACCGUCCGGUUUGGGGAGGCCCCAUCCCUGGCUCCCCCUGGUUCCUGCUCUUCCCAGGUGUCCCCAGGACUGUGUGUCAUGUUCACAAUAAAGAAAAGGUUUGCUGCUCCCCGCGUGGCGGCACCAUAGUGGAGGUCCGCAGCCGGUAAAUACGGUUUGUCCAGUGCUUACUAAGUGUCAGGCCUGGGUGAAAGGCUCAGUGGGCUUUGUGUCCCAUAACCCCUGGGACACGGCCAUGGGAUGUGCAGCAGGGAGGUGCAGAGAUGGCCCAGGGUGCAGGUCCAGUUCUGCUCCCCACUGACCGUGGGGCUCUGGGCAGGGGCACCCCUCUCGGCCCGAGUCUCCUCAUCUGUCAGAUGGGCACAAUGGUGGUCCCCACCUCAAGGGGAAGUUGUGAGGGCUUGAUGACAGGAUACAGGUCACGUGUGCAGAAGGGUGCCUGGUGCAGCAGGGGCCAGGGUUGUUCCAGUCUUGCUCUGGAGACCAGGAGACGAGGGUGCAGAGGACACAGUGCCUUCCAGGGGCCCCUCUGGCAGCACAGAGCCACCCAGGGCUUCAAAUCCCAGGCCUGGCAUUUCACAGUGGUGGGGGGGUGGGGGGGACGCUGGAACAGGGGGCUAUAGAGAGAAGCGGUUCUGGGAAUGAGGCAGGGCUGUGGGGUCCCUGUUCCCCUGGUUUCAGCAGAUGAGGGGCACACUGGUCUGCUGACGUGGCCCUGCAGAGGCCCGACAGGCAGCCAGUGAGCUGAAUUCUACCUCCUGGGCCCUCCCUACUGUGCAGUGACUGGGCAACCCUCUCAGGAGAGUUUAAAUUUUUUCUUUGUUAAUUUUUUUUUAAAAAAAUUAUUUUAUCUAUUUGUUUUUGGCUGCGUUGGGUCUUCGUUGCUGUGCACGGGCUUCUCUCUAGUUGUGGCAAGCAGGGACCACUCUUCGUUGUGAUGCACAGGCUUCUCAUUGCGGUGGCUUCUCUUGUUGCAGAGCAUGGACUCUAGGCCCACGGGGUUCAGUAGUUGUGGCACGCGGGCUCAGUAGUUGUGGCUUGCGGGCUCUAGAGCGCAGGCUCAGUAGUUGUGGUGCACGGGCUUAGUUGUUCCGUGCGUGGCAUGUGGGAUCUUCCCAGACCAGGGCUCAAACCCGUGUCCCCGGCAUUGGCAGGCGGAUUCUUAACCACUGUGCCACCAGGGAAGCCCUGUUAAUUUUUUUAAAACAUAAAAACAAUUCAUGGUCUUUGGGGACUUCCCUGGCAGUCCAGUGGUUAAGACUCCAUGCUCCUAAUGCAGGGGGCACGGGUUCAAUUCCUGGUCGGGGAACUAAGAUCUCACAAGUUGCAUGGCGUGCCCAAAAAAAAAAAAAAAAAAUUCAUGGUUUUUGUAUUAGCAAACAUUCAAAUAAGGUAGAAGCGACAAGCACUCUGGAGGCAGACAGUGUCAUUUUGGGAGCAGUGGCCUCAGCUUCUGCAGGGCUGUCUGCCACCUGCUUGUUUUUGUUCCCAUGGCGAGCAUCUGUCCUUGUCACCGUGUCACACUGGCUGGGUCUUCAUGGCUGCAGAGUGCUCCUUCCUCUGGGAGGAAGGAGAGAAGCUGAGGCCUGAGGCCACACCAGUCUGGGUUGAGGAGCCGUGGAAGCUGCCUCCGUGGGGCCCACAGGUGUUGAGGUCUCCCGAGUCACCGCUGUGUCCAGGAUGCAGUUCCCCCUUCAUUGAUCGGCCUUUAAGUCCCAAGGCGCCUUGGCUCCAAGGACCUGCGUUGGCCUGUGGACCCCAGAGCCUCCCUCAGCGGGGCAGGAACUAGGCCAGGAGCACCUCGGGGCUGCAUCCCUGCCCCCCUCCCCACUUUGCCUGCUCUUCACAGACAGCCUUUUCCUUGUCACCCCCCAGGGUUACUUGGUGCUUUUCCAGCUGCUCAAGGAGGCCGACUCGCCUUUCUCUGUCUCAAUCCCAAAUUCCCCAAAGGGAGCAUUUGAUGUUACCUGCUUGGGAUGAGGCGUCCACCUUCAGUCCAUGGCACCGUGGCCUGGGGAGAGUCUCAUGUCCCAUAGCCCCACCCUGUGCUUCCUGCCCUUUCUGCUCCCUGCUAAAUCCAGUGAUCAUGUCUUCCUCUUGAGGCCUGGUCUGGCUAAGGAGGUGCCAGGGGCAGGCCAGACCCCAGCUACUCUUCACCACCCCUCUCCUUGUUUUCACAGAGAUGUUUUCUUCUGUCUUUGCAUUUCUCAGAGGAGGAUAUAGUUGAUGGCAGAGCCAUGCCGGGGAUAGGGGCCUCACUCCUGACUGGGGCUUUAUCCCUGGGGCUGCAGCAGGCAGAGAGGAGCCUGCCCACACCCUCCUCACCCACCUCCACUAAAUGGUCACCUUGAUGAAAAGUCACCUUGAUGAAAAGGACUGUGCUAACUAGACCCAUUCCCUGUGACGGGCUGGAGAAUGGCCAGUCAAUGCAAGGCCACCACGGGGCACUGAGUCCUGCUUCUCUCAUGGAGUAUUCCCCCCCCACCCCCACCCCCCCGCGCCCAGGUGACAACCUUGCCUCAGUUACCUUUUCCCAUAACCAGCAGAGGGCGGUAGAAGAUGCAAAAGCCCUGUCGGGGAUGGCCACAAGAUCUGGUGCUGCCACCUUGUGGCAAAUUCUGGGAUUGCACCUUUGGGCCAUCUUCAUUUUCCAGGGACUCUAUUUGCCCAUCUGUAAAAUGGGUUUAGCAUGCAAAGUGCUGAAGAUGGGUAGGUAGGAAAAGUCACACCUUUCAGGGGAAAAGGCCGCAAGCUAGGAACCCUUGCUCCAUCUUGGUAAUGCUUAGGUUAUGGCUUGUGCCUGUGGGCAUUGGUAGCAGCAGAAGGCCUGAAGUGGGAACUGUGCAAUUGUUUGCUGUGACCUUGGGCAAGCCCCAUCCUUGCCCAUCCGUGGGCAAGCUCUCGGAGGUCAGUUACCCUUCAUGGGGUUGUUGAAAUCAGGGAUGGGAAGGUUGCACAAAGUUGAUGUGCAUUGUUGAUGUGUGAGGGGUGUUUUUCUGCAGCCGGUGGGGUCUGCUGUCUCUUCUCAGAACGCACUCCCUGCUGUUUCCUGCUGGGCUCCUGGAGUUCACGGCCAAGUGCUCCAGGAAGUAAGAAGGGAAGAGAGCCGUGAGAAUGGCGAGAUCCCUCCUCCCUGGGAGUCAGGGAGGGCUCCCUCAGGAGAGCAAGCCACAGCAGGGGCUUUAAGGAUUAGGAUUCUGGUUCACUAUUUUUGUUAGAUUAUUAAAUUUAAAAUUUUCAUUUUGAUUA